CGGACAGAUAACAACGUCGGUUCGGACCCCCAACAUAAAGAACUUUUAUCAGUGCAUGACCUGAUGACCAGCCCUGUGUCCUGGCAGAAUGACUACAUAUUGAUUUUCUGGCACAUUUCCCCUACUGCUAUCAGUUUCUUUCCCGACAAUUAUGAAUCGCCAGGUACUCAACAACGGCGUCUACAUGCUCUCUGACCUUGAGGAAGAGUCCAAAAAGACGCUUCCCCAAAUGGUCCACGAAUUUUACAACGGUGGUGCGAUGGACAUGAUCACUUGCCGGGAGAACGUCGAAGCAUUUAACCAAUACAGAAUUCGUCCCCGUAUUUUGGUCGAUGUUGGUAACAUAGACAUGUCGGUAGAGGUCUUCGGUCAAAAGGUUGCCGCCCCUCUUGGUUUUUCUCCCACGGCUUUUCAAAAACUCGCUCAUCCUGAUGGGGAGAUAGCGACGUCAAUGGCGGCUUCCAAAGCCGGCAUCCCUAUGUGUCUUUCCACCUAUUCAACAACCUCUAUUGAAGACGUGGUGACCGCUGGUCAAGGGGCCAUCCCUUAUGUGAUGCAGUUGAGUGUAAUGAAGUCGCGUGACGCCAAUUUGGAGAUUAUCCGCAGGGCUGAAAAGGCGGGAUGUAAGGCUCUUUUCGUCACUGUAGACUGUGCAGUCUUGGGGAGACGACUGAACGAAGCGCGAAACAACUUCACUCUCCCAGACCACAUCGAAUUGCCUCAUAUGCCCGCUGAUUGCGACUGGCGUAAUUUGGUGGUGGAAGAUGACCGCCUGAAGUAUGAUGCUUCGUGCACCUGGAAGACUCUUGUAGACUGGGCACGGUCACACACCAAAAUGCAGAUUUGGCUCAAGGGCGUGUAUACCGCCGAGGAUGUCGCUCUGGCUAUUGAGUACGGCAUUGACGGCGUGGUAGUGUCCAACCACGGUGGUAGACAACUCGAUUCAGUGACGGCUACUUUGGAUGCUCUGCCCGAAGUGGUCGAGGCUGCUGCCGGUCGCAUCCCCGUCCAUAUUGACUCCGGAAUCAGGCGGGGAACCGACAUCUUCAAAGCCCUUGCUCUGGGAGCUGAUCACGUCUGGAUUGGCCGGGCGGUAAUUUGGGGUCUGGCGCAUGAUGGCGAAGCGGGAGUUUCUCUCGCAGUUAACCUCUUGCUCGACGAGCUUCGCACGACUAUGGUGUUGGCAGGAUGUGCCAACGUUAAACAGAUCACACGGGCCCACCUCGCUCGCAAAGGACUGGACGGACGCCUUCAUAAAUUGUAGGUGGUGGGCGCGCUGCGUUACAGUCUCUGCAUAGUCUUGGUUGUAUGUACUGCUUUUUUGGGCAUUUUGGACUGGAAAUGGGUAUAAGGCGCUGUUUACUUGGGCGUUUCACAGACGUUCCGAGUUAUUUGUUUCAUAACCACACGAUACGGCCUAUGAAGCGCACAUAGAUCA